GUUCCACCAGCAAUCACAGUAACUGAUCAUGAUGAUAGAAUUCGAACAGAAGAUGAUGAUGAUUCGGAUGCUGACACCAGCCCUUCUUCUAGUGAGGAUGAUUAUCCUGAUCAGGUAAUUGAAGCGCCUUCCGCUCCUUCGAUACCAUAUGACGAAGUAGAGAAAGAACAAGCCCAACAAGAAGCUUUUGGAAAGACAGUUUUACUACAAAUACAGGCCUUUGGAGAAUCGGCAAAUGACGAAUUUGAUGUGCAGUGGACUCAUGAUAAUUUAUUUCCCAAUGAAACAAGAGAAAAUAUUUUCGCAGAUGAUGAAAGCACAACACCAGCAGCAACCAUUUCGAUCUCAUUACCCAUUGAAACUCAGAUUGCUGAUAGGCCACCAACUGAGAACGCAGUUGUCUCUGACAGAAAAAAUCCGUUUAUAGAAGUGGAAAGCAGUGAUAUUUCAUUGCAAAUUACUGAAGAUAUGAGUAAGUCACUGAAAUCAGAAGAGGUUGAUUAUGCAGCUGCAGCUAUUUACGACAGUAACCAACAAUAUUUCAUCCACCGACCUGGUCCGGUUUACACCAUUCCAGAAGAUGAAGAACAAGAUGAUGGUGAAGUCAAUACAGAUUCGAAGUUUUAUGGUACAGCGAAAGAAAUACCCCGCAGAGUCCACAUAAAACCAAAUGUUUCAAAACUAACGCCUGAGUUCGCUUCACUUUGGGGAAUAACUAGCUCAUCAAGCACAGUUUUAACAGGAAAUGUUGCUCACAAAGGUUAA